GUUACAACUCGUUGAGGUUGGCGGCGGCGCCAUUUUGAAUUGGCUGAGGGUCGGAGGAGGUGGUUGCCGAUCCGGGCUCUGCGUCCCCCGAGAAAACCAGCGAGAAAGGAGCGAGGUCUGAAUAUGGCGGCGAAUAGGAACUUGAAGCAAGUGCGGAUCGAGAAUAGCUCCCCAGCGGCGCCUCUGGGCAUAGUGGGGGGUGGUGGCGGCAACCUGAAGGGAUUGCGGGGCCUAGAAACGGAGAAUGAGGCAGCGGCGGCGGCGGCCAUGGCGCUAGUGCCGAGCAAAGAAGGUGGAGAUGAAGAGCAGGAGGUUGGGUUCACCAUCGAUAUCAAAAGCUUUCUUAAACCUGGCGAGAAGAGCUACACGCAGCGCUGCCGGCUCUUUGUGGGGAAUCUGCCUACUGAUAUCACCGAGGAAGAUUUCAAGCGCCUCUUCGAGCGCUAUGGGGAGCCUAGCGAGGUCUUCAUCAACCGGGACCGCGGCUUUGGCUUCAUUCGCCUGGAAUCUAGGACACUGGCUGAAAUAGCAAAAGCGGAACUUGAUGGUACUAUUUUGAAGAGCAGACCACUUCGAAUCCGAUUUGCUACACAUGGAGCUGCCCUAACUGUCAAGAAUCUUUCACCUGUGGUUUCUAAUGAGCUGCUGGAACAAGCAUUCUCUCAGUUUGGGCCAGUGGAAAGAGCUGUUGUUGUAGUAGAUGAUCGUGGCAGAGCUACAGGAAAAGGUUUCGUAGAGUUUGCAGCAAAACCUCCAGCGCGGAAAGCUCUAGAAAGAUGCAGUGAUGGGGCAUUCUUGCUAACGACAACACCUCGACCUGUUGUUGUAGAACCAAUGGAGCAGUUUGAUGAUGAAGAUGGGCUCCCAGAGAAGUUAAUGCAAAAAACACAACAGUAUCACAAGGAAAGAGAACAGCCUCCACGUUUUGCUCAGCCUGGAACAUUUGAGUUUGAGUAUGCUUCACGGUGGAAGGCUCUUGAUGAGAUGGAAAAGCAACAGCGUGAACAGGUUGACAGGAACAUUAGAGAAGCCAAAGAGAAACUAGAGGCAGAAAUGGAAGCAGCUAGACAUGAGCAUCAGCUAAUGCUGAUGAGGCAAGAUCUCAUGCGACGUCAAGAAGAAUUGAGGCGUUUGGAAGAACUUCGAAAUCAAGAACUUCAAAAACGCAAGCAGAUACAAUUGAGACAUGAAGAAGAACAUCGGCGUCGUGAAGAAGAGAUGCUACGCCAGAGAGAACAGGAGGAAUUACGACGACAGCAGGAGGGGGGAUUUAAGCCAAAUUUCAUGGACAAUAGAGAACAGGAAAUGAGAAUGGGUGAUAUGGGUCCUCGUGGAGCAAUAAACAUGGGAGAUGCGUUUAGCCCAGCACCUGCUGGUAACCAAGGCCCUCCUCCAAUGAUGGGUAUGAAUAUGAACAACAGAGGAACUUUACCUGGCCCUGCAAUGGGUCCUGGUCCUUCCAUGGGACCAGAAGGAGCUGCAAAUAUGGGAACACCAAUGAUGCCAGAUAAUGGAACAGUGCAUAAUGAGAGAUUCCCUCAAGGAGGUCCAUCACAGAUGGGUUCACCUCUGGUUAGUAGAACGGGCUCUGAAACUCCUCAGCCGCCAAUGAGUGGUGUAGGUGCCGUGAGUGGUGGACCUGGUGGCUUUGGUAGAGGAAACCCAGGGGGCAACUUUGAAGGACCUAACAAGCGUCGCAGAUACUAAGACUUAUUUCAUUCCGUACUGUUUAGAAAUUCCAGUAAAACUAUACAGUGAUAUGCCUUUAUAAUUUUAGCUGUUAUCUGGAAACGGUUUUAUUGUUAUUGUAGUCUUUAAAACAGUUUCUUUUGUAAAACUUUUUUUUGUAUUCAGUCGUAGGCUUUGUAGUAUAGAGCAGAAUGAUGCAGAUCAUGAUGUAAGGCAAUGUGUUUGUGACUCUAGCAAAAUACAAUGUGUGACUAUGCUGUAAAACGUGCAGUUAUCUGAUUACAAUAAAAUAUAAACACUUGAAAGGA